ACACGACGGCGCGCGUGUGAACAGCUUGAAUGUCCGCCUGCCCGCGACGGGCUGCACGCCGCGCAGCCCGCCAGGCAGCCCGCCGGGUUGCGCGGCGCGCGUGUGAACGUAGCAUAAGAUUGGCCGAUUGCGAUAAAAACCAUAGAAAGAAGAAUAAUAACCAUAACCUCAAAGUCGAAGUUUUAGUUCAAAUGUCAUUGUCAUUUACUUUGUUUGGAUUACACACAUCAUGCCGAAAAUCCCGAAUCUCCGUGCAUUUGGUAAACAUUGUCACAAUUGUGGAAAGUGGAUGGAGCGAAGGGCUCUUCGUAAAGAUGGUGUGUAGUAUUUUAGUAGUGACAUGCAAUUUUGUAAUGGCAAAAUAUUUGCAAGAGAUGGCAAACAAAAGCAAAUGUGCAGUCGAUGUGUGGAAUGCGACAACAUUAUACUCGGUCGAUAACGAAGAGUUGAAUGUUAGAACUUAUGAAAAUAUUAUUUACAACUCAUUUCGAGAAGCUGCUCAAGCUCCUUUUUGACGAUCAAGAAUGGGAAAGAUGUUUGAAUGAAGCAAUUGAUUUUAAACUUCCUCGGCAAUUAUUUCGAGUUUGAAGAUUCGAUGAUGUAAAAAUUCAAAUUAUCAAUACCACUGAACAAGGCUUGAAAGGUGAUAAAUAUUUAUCGAAAAAUGUUAUAUAUAGAGAAAUUUUGUGAUAAUCAACCUCUGAUGUAUAAUAGAGAAUAUUUUUUUAUAAGUACCUUUGCCAAAUUCUCGGAUAAGUACUCAUUGUAAAAUUACAAUUUACAUACUUCCUAAUAUUAUUCUUGAUUUAGCCAAUUUGGAUAAAGAACCACAAUUUCAUAUUUUAUUUUUAAAAUUAGUAAGUACUUAUCUACCUGUCAAAGUAAAGAA